GCGUGAGGUCGGACGUCGUGUCGCCCUUCGACGUGUUGACGUCACGAGGUGUGGGCGCUCCGGUCCUGGGCGGCGGAGAAGAUGGCGGUGUGCUCAGGUGUUAAGGUCCCUCGUAAUUUCCGAUUAUUGGAAGAACUUGAAGAAGGGCAAAAAGGAGUAGGAGAUGGCACAGUCAGUUGGGGCCUUGAAGAUGACGAAGAUAUGACACUCACUAGAUGGACAGGAAUGAUAAUUGGGCCUCCCAGAACAAACUAUGAAAAUAGAAUAUACAGCUUGAAGAUAGAAUGUGGACCUAAAUACCCAGAAGCCCCACCAACUGUUAGAUUUGUUACUAAGAUGAAUAUGAAUGGAAUCAAUCAUUCCAAUGGCAUGGUGGAUACACGAAGCAUACCAGUUUUAGCAAAGUGGCAAAAUUCUUAUAGCAUUAAAGUAGUUCUUCAAGAACUUAGACGCCUGAUGAUGUCCAAAGAAAAUAUGAAGCUUCCACAGCCUCCAGAAGGACAGACCUACAACAAUUAAUAAAUGUGGAACAAUUUCCAUAUUUCUUCCUUAUGCCCCGACACACAUUUUGGAAAGGUCCUGCAAUGUUAAUUGUUGCAUGCCUUUCCAUCUCUUGGAGGGUUAACCCUUUCAGCCCUGACAAACAGAUACUGGGCACAAUUUGCACAUGGCUCACCGUUCUAAGCCCGGAUGCUUCUCCCAGUUUGAAGAUGUACACUGAUCAAGGAUGUUGUAUACAACACGUAUUGGUGACUCCAAUUCUCUUCCACCACUUCUCCCCAAACACACACACAUACUAUUCUAAAAAAUAUAUUUAGUCAGGGGUGAAGGGGUUGCUAAUUAGCAAUUUCUUUUUCCCACUGUUAUUUGAAUUACUAAACUCAGAUCAUUAGGGUUUACACAACCUGGGCAUUCUUAAGGAGCAGCAGUUCAUGUUCUUUGAAACAAAUGAAAAAAAAUAACAAACAGCCUUCCACUUUUUCUUUGUGACCGAUUAGUAGUGGUAAAGUAAACUUCUGCCUCUUGUAAGAAAACUCCAAGGAGUAUUUGAAUGUACUAAUAAUUCCAUUGUCGCUUGCUUAAACUGCUCUGUAUUCCUUCCUCUGUAGAGGCCAUGGCCUUUCAAUGAAUCAGAAUGUUUCAUUCAGUAAUGCUCUUUCGUGUUAUUAGUAUUUUAAAGUAUUAAACAAUGAGCCCUUACAGUGCGUGUACCACUAAACUGUCAGCAAUUUCUGCUUAGCAACAACUUGAAAAGUUCAUCUUACAUUUCAAAAUCAUGUACCCAUUUUUAUUUAUUCUGGUAUUUUGUGUGGUUUUAUGAACACCUUCAUGACAAGUCUGCAAACUCAUUGUACAUCUGAUCAGUAAUCACACCACGCCAUUCGUCAUGAAGUAGUUAAUUGGUACGCUUGGUUUUAUUAUGUUUUUUUUUUUUGGAACAUGAAAUGCUCUUGGUGCAUAAAAUGUUUCUUCGAGACAAAUCUUUGGUCUGCAUUGAUUUUGUGUUCUAGCUAUAUCAAAGUUUUAACGAUAACUAAACCCUUCUCUUUUCCAAGAUGAGCUACAAUCACCCCUUAUUCAUUUAAAGGAUUAUCCGUUUAUAUUUUUCAGAAGAAGUUGGCUUGGAUUUUUAUUUUUUUUGGCAUCACUUGUUAAUUGUGCUCUUCUUAUUUACAGUGAUUCACAGCUGAACAUAGCAUGAACUGCUUCUCUCUAUGUUUGCACCUGUAAGAGACUCCUUGGUCAUACACUUGCUUACGUUAUUCAAAAGGUAGCACAAUUUAGUGUUCCCUUUUAAUGACAGUGUCAAACUAAUACUUGAUUUGCCUCAAACUAUCAUUCAGAUUUCACUAAAGGUAAAAAGCAUGACGUUAGGCUGUCAGUUUGCUUGGGGGUUACUAUAUGUUCACACAGUUAAUCAAAGACCUGAAAUGUAAACCGAAUGCUAUAUUCAUAUUGCUCAGAAAAUGAAAUACUUUUUAAGUUGUUUAAAGUAGCGAGUAUAAUGGAUAUUGAAAAUCUUUUUUUUUUUUUUUUUUUUUUAAAAUAAAAGAGGCGUAGAAGCCGACUAUUAGUAGUGUCAAAAAUGUGGUCAGGUCUGAUCUUGCUAAUUGUAUUUAUGAUAUGGGGGUGGGAGGAUGGGGUUUGAUUUCUGUAUAGCAGUUCCUAUUGGUUACAUGAAAGAGCAAACGUUUGUUUACAGUCUUUGCUCCAAUAAACUGCAUUCAAGUUUUAGUGCCGCCUAUUGGUAUGAAAAGGAUAUGGAUAAUGUGACUCAGAGAUUGCAGCUAGUCUUACAAUGUAAAUAAAAUGUGGGAAGCGUU